GCGGUGAAGCUGGGACACCUGUGGCGGAGCGGAUUAUUUUGAAACUCUUCAUCUCCGUUUUUUGUUUACAGCUCCAAAAUCCUUGGAAAUGUUCAACAGUAAUCGCAGGGAGUUUGACGAGGAUCCGUUCUUCUCGGAUCCAUUUCGGGCUCACAGGGAACAUAUGAGGCAGAUGAUGCGAAGCUUCUCUGAGCCAUACGGCGGGCCCGUAAUGCCCAGUAUUAUGGACGGAAGAAAUCGUGGUCAUGACUUUGCAGAACAUCCAAGCUCAUCUCUGGCACUGAGGGAUGACCACAGGGAUAUGAGCCGCUCACUGUUUCCCUUUGGCAGUAUUGACAGCACGGAUUUGAUGAGGAAUCCAUUCGGCAUGUUUGACAACAUGAUGGCCAACAUGAGAAACAGGAUGGAGGAGAUGCACAGAAACUUUGAGAACAUGUCCACAGAUUCAAACACCCACUCAUUCAGCUCCUCAUCAGUCAUGACAUAUUCAAAGGUUGGAAAUGAGCCUCCCAAGGUCUUCCAGGCAAGCUCAUCGACACGCCAUGCCCCUGGAGGGAUCAAGGAGACCCGGAAAGCUGUUAAAGACUCUGAAAGUGGUCUGGAGCAGAUGUCCAUUGGUCAUCACAUUCAAGACAGGGGACAUGUUGUUGAGAAGAAAUACAACAAGAAAACAGGAGAGAAGGAGUUCAACCAGGACUUUCAGAAUAUGGAUGAAUCUGAAGCACAGUCUUUUGACGAAGAGUGGCAGCAGGAGGUGUCCAAGUUUCGGCCGUGUGGCCCCAUGUCUCGUCUGCGGGAACCCCGUGCGCUAACCCACGGUGUUCAUCGAGCAGCCCUAACCGGACCUGAGCAGGAGCACAGGGACCAAUUAAAGGGCAAGGCUGAGGGUAAAUGCAGCAUGGAAGGCUCAAGCUCAAUAAAUCAGUGAAAACAUCAGUUUGUGAAGCUAUUAAAGUCUUUUAAGCAUCUUACAGUACACUCUGAUGCUCUGUUACACCCUUACACACACACACACACACACACACACACACACACACACACACACACACACACACACGCACACACACACACACACACACACGCACACACACACACACACACCCUGGUUUCAUCAUAUAGACAGAAUCAGAAAACAGCAACUUGACCCACAUUCUGAAAUAUCGAGGAGACUGGUUGCACAUUACUGCUGCUCAUUUUCCACAGCAAACUGCACAAUAUGAACUGAAACCUGCUGAAGAUGGCUGCACCAUCACAGGGGACAUUUAUUCUACUUCCUCAUGGGGCAAAAUCACUCUUCCAAAUUCACUGUUAAUAUUGUAAAUCUAAGUUCUAAGAACAGUUCACACUUUGAAAAUAUAAAUAUAAAGUUUGUUUGAAAAUAUAAAGAUGGCAAGUAAUCGAAAUCAGGAAUUUGUAGUGUGUCCGCUAUAGAACACGCAAAACCAGCAGUCUAAUCAUUUACCAAAAUAUGCCCCCCAAAACACUAAAAGUUGCAAAGAAGUCCUUAAAAAUGAUCUUUCUCAACAAGGGGAAACUUGAAGCCAUCUGAUGCUUUCAUUGUGCCAUUUUCAUAAAACAAAACCACCAAAAUGUAGUGACCUUGAGAAAGUUGGAAAUUCACUAAUGCACUUAGACAAUGUCUAAAUUGUCUUCAUGUAAUUAUGGUGCACCUGAUGCUCUGGAUAUGUGUAUUUUAUCUGCUGUAAUCUUUGUAAAAAGAAAAAAAAUACCUUUCCCUUUUUAUAUGUUCCUGUGGUUUCUCUUGUUUUUCAUCUGAUGAAUUCUGCUGCACGGCACGAUAUCUUGACAUCAGGAAUAUUCUCAAUAAUUUUACCUUUGUUCUUGUAUAUUUUUUCAAGCCUAAAAGAUAAAUUAUGUGUCAAUGCAGGCUAUUGUCUGUAAUAAAAAUAUGAAAAUAUGA